AAUUUGAAUUUGAAUACCGUGCUACUUCUUGAUCUACUGUAAACAAAAGUAGAUCAAAGUACCACAGUUUGGGGACAUAUAUAUCAUCUGCCGAGGCUCCAGAUUUUUUUGAGGCCUGCACUUUGUUUAGUUCUUUUCUGAAAACUGUUCUUAAGUUAGAAAUUUUGCUUUUGACAAAAGGUACAUCUGCAGUUGGGCAGACAGUUCGGCAAAGUGUGACAAGUUGUUCAUAUGCCUUUUCUCUUUUGUUCCUGUUGGAGUAGUCAUCUGACUUAACUUUCCAUAAAGAGGGUAAUGUUUGGUACAAUUCAAUAAAUUCACGAAGAAAGUCAGGUUUCAGAAAUUUGUCACUUGGCAUAUUGUCCAAACACACAGUCUGCAAGACAAGAAAACAGUAUGUUUGUUAACUAAUAAUAAUGGGAGGUUAAAACGUUCGUUACAAAAGAACAUUCGUGCUAAACUUACCAGAUGUUUCUUGUGUUAACGAAAAAAUACGUCGUCGACCGAAGAGACCCAGCCAGCACACAAAAGAAAUGCGCAACAAGCGCGCGAACGUUCGUUUGUACAACUGGAAAACUACGUCGACGACCGAAGAGAACCAGCCAGCACACAAAAGAAAUGCGCAACAAACGCGCGAACGUUCGUUUGUAUACCACGGUAACUAUAGGCUCCUCCCACUUCCGGUCGGAUUCCAUUACGUUCAGACAGAAGAGCAGGUACAGCAGGCAAUGAUGGAAGAGGAGAGAGACAGGAGGAAGGCAACACCUAUGAGCAAAACUGAAAUGACCUACAUGGUGGCUGCUUUUGACAGGCAAGACUAUGACUGCAGGCUGGCACAUUACACAAGACCUAAUACAAGAAAGAACGCCAUUUUGGAGAAAGUUAUAGAAGGUCUGCAGAGAAGAUAUGGCAUCACACGAUCCAAAGAUCAGUUGAGGAAAAGAUGGUCAGACCUGAAAUUACGAGAGAAGGAGCAGCUGACAGCAAUAAGAAAGAUCAUAAAAAAAAAGGACAAACGACGGGUUUUGAAAACUGCACAACUUAAAAUGAGAUCUCAAGCAUCAAAGAAAAUGAUACCAGAGGCUAAUAACAAUAUCGCUGUUGAUGAUGAAGACACAAUUAAAGAGACAGCAGUAGUGGAUCUGUCGGACAUAGAGCUAGAUGCAGAGGAAAAUCCGUGUGAAAAUGUACCUGUUUGUCCUGCAAAUGAACAAAUGCUUUCUGUGCCUCCAAAUAGUCCAGUUUACCCGGUCACAAGUACAGGUAUGUAUCUCUACUUUUAUUUGUACAUUAACCUUGUACACAUUUACAAGUUUGCACUCAAAAUUGUAUUUUAUGUUGUUUUACCCACAGAGGAGCAUGCUGACCUGCUAUAUGGCCCCACCCAGCAGCAGACAGUACCAGCAACAGAGCAGCUAUUUCUGGAUGCAGCAGCAGACAAUAAAGUCGGUGAAGAAAAUGUGCAAGACAUUCUUGACAGAAUUGAAACAUGCAAAGCUGCCAUUACUAAUUUGAAGCAAGGUUUAGGUGCCAUUUUAGAGAUGGUGGAGGCAAUACAAAGUAAAGUUGCAGCUCUAAAAAAAUAAUUAUCCAUAAAAAUUUCUUCUUUUUACCUUAAGGAAAGGAUGUUGUGUCCUAUGGGCCAGUUUGUUCAUUUUUCAUUUUUAUCUCCAAGAUGUUCAAUAAUGUGCUAUGGACAAGAUUGUCCUUUUGUCUUUUUUCCCAAUUUUAUCUCCAAGUCUUUCUUCUUUAUAUGCCUCUUUCGAUAACAUAAUAUAGCAUGUUAAUAAUGUGCUAUGGACAAGAUUGUCCUUUUUUUUCAAUUUUAUCUCCAAGUAUUCUUUUGUGAAGCAGCACUCA